AAGCGCAGGGAUGUUGGAUGUGUGUCAGCCAGGGAGGUAGCUGCCGUCUCCCGGCCACUUGCUGCCAGUGCAGUUCCACACAUGAAAAGUGCUGCGGAAAGCGCACGCUUACAAUGUGCAGCGAUAAUGUUCACGCAUACGCGAUUUUGAAUCGGGAUACAUAAUACAAAGUGAACUUGGCCAAUGCGUGGAGCGAAUGAACCAGGGGGAAACGUCUUCUCUCAGCCGCCGGCCGGGAAAACCUCUCACGCCAGCCGGCUUCCGGGGAUUGAGAGGGUCCGCAUCGGCUGACGGGGUGACGGCAGACGUCGGUCUUGUGGUUCGGGGUGGGGGGAAAGGGCGAAGUCGCACAUCAUCCCCGACAUCCACCUCUCGAUUUCAGACACUUCCGAUAUGUCAAGAAAGCUACAGCGGACGGAGAUCUGCGCCGACUGCAGCGCGCCAGACCCGGGCUGGACCAGUAUCAACCGAGGGGUACUGAUCUGCGAUGAGUGCUGUUCAGUCCACCGCAGUUUAGGCCGCCAUAUCUCCAUAGUCAAGCACCUGAGGCACAGCGGAUGGCCACCUGCAUUAAUGCAGAUGGUUCAAACUUUGGCUGGCAAUGGGGCUAACUCCAUAUGGGAACAUAGUCUUCUGGAUCCCGCUCAGGUACAGAGUGGCCGAAGGAAACCCAACCCACAGGACAAAGUCCAUCCCACAAAGUCUGAGUUCAUCAGAGCCAAAUACCAGAUGCUAGCCUUUGUGCACAAGCUACCCUGUCGCGACGACGAUGGCGUGACUACCAAGGACCUCAGCAAGCAACUUCACUCAAGUGUACGAACAGGAAGUUUAGAGACGUGUCUUCGGCUGCUGUCCCUCGGCGCUCAGGCCAACUUCUUCCACCCGGAGAAGGGAACCACGCCUCUCCAUGUAGCAGCCAAGGCGGGGCAGAUUUUACAAGCGGAGCUACUAGUGGUAUAUGGCGCUGACCCCGGGGCACCUGACAUCAACGGACGCACACCCAUGGAUUACGCCAGGCAGGCGGGUCACAUAGAGUUAGCCGAGCGACUGGUUGAGUGUCAAUACGAGUUGACGGACAGGUUGGCUUUCUACCUGUGUGGGCGACGCCCAGAUCACAAGAAUGGACAUUAUAUCAUCCCUCAAAUGGCAGACAGUCUGGACCUCUCAGAACUGGCCAAGGCGGCAAAGAAAAAGCUUCAAGCGCUUAAUAAUCGUCUGUUUGAGGAGCUCGCGAUGGAUGUCUACGAUGAAGUGGAUCGCAGAGAAAAUGACGCGGUGUGGCUUACUACACAGAACCACAGUACUCUGGUUACGGAACGAAGCGCUGUGCCCUUUCUACCAGUCAAUCCCGAGUACUCUGCCACGCGAAACCAGGGCCGUCAGAAACUUGCACGUUUCAACGCUCGGGAGUUUGCGACGCUCAUCAUUGACAUCCUGAGUGAUGCCAAAAGGAGACAGCAGGGGAAAGGGCUCAGCAGUCCAACUGAUCCCUUGGACCUGGGAUUUGACGAUGACCAACAUGACUAUGAUAGUGUAGCUUCUGAUGAAGACACAGACAGCGAGCUGACCACCCAAAAUAACAACAACACACAACGCAACAAUCGUGCAAAGAGUAUGGACUCGUCUGAUUUGUCGGACGGGCCCAUCACUCUGCAGGAGUACCUGGAGGUCAAGAAAGCCCUGGCCUCCUCGGAAGCCAAGGUGCAGCAGCUGAUGAAGGUCAACAACAACCUCAGUGAGGAACUCAGACGGCUUCAGAAAGAGAUCACACGGAUGCAGACAGAGAACAGCACGCUGCGGGGCGGCCAGCAUGCUGGGGGGCCUGUGGGCCACGGGGUCGGGGGCCCAGGUGGAGGAGGAGCAACCGUCUGGCCGGGUGGACGGGUAGUAAUUGGCGGGGGUCUGAGCGUAUUGGGGAGAGGAGUCGAUAACUCGGGGCUCACGGUGCCCUCCUCGGCCACCUCGCAGUCUCACCCGCAUCGACGAGACCGCCAGGCCUUCUCCAUGUAUGAGCCCGGUGCUGCCCUCAGCCCCGCGGUCCACGGCCCCCCAGCCCUGGACUCCCUGGCAGCCCGUCUGCAGCCUCUCAACGCACCCAGCGUGAGGAAGGGGAGUAGCACAGGCGGCUUAACGUCAUACGGAGGCCAACAUCUGUCUGGAUCUUCAGAAAUGGGCCGAUACAUGAUUCCCAAAUCGGAGAAGCACGUCAGCGGUACCGACAGCGACUACGACAACACGCAAACGUACGACCCUUCGAUAAGGUCAGACUCGGCGCGUGUCGCAGAAAAUAUGCACGGCAUGGGUCGCAGCAGUGAGGAGGAGGGGCGCGGGGAAGCAGAGGAGGGCGUCGAGAUGGCCGAGCCGGACCCCACCUUGCCGUGCACGGAGGAUGUCAUACUAAAGACUGAGCAGGUGACCAAGAACAUCCAGGAGCUUCUCAGGGCAGCUCAGGAGUUCAAACAUGACAGCUUUGUGCCAUGUUCUGAGAAGAUCCACUCUGCUGUCACUGAAAUGGCCUCACUGUUUCCCAAACGGCCAGCCCUGGACGCGGUCCACUCUUCGCUCCGCCUCUUGGCCUCCAGCGCCUCGCGCUUACAGGUGGAGUGCCGGAAGGCAGCGCCUUCGGAGCCCGGCGCUCCCCCGGUGGACUACCAGCUCCUCACUCAGCAGGUCAUCCAGUGCGCCUACGACAUAGCCAAGGCCGCCAAGCAGCUGGUCACCAUCACCACUCGCGAGAAGAAGCAGUGACGCACGGCGAGCUGCGGGGAGGAGGAGGAACGCGGGGGGAAGAGUGACCGAAGGAGCAGCGGGGAGUGAAAAUGCAUGGAAAUAUGAAAAAUUAAAUGAGCACAGAGAAGGAACGCGGUGGAAACUGCGAGCUGCAGAAGCCGACGUGUAAGAUAAAAGGCUGGAAGCGGGACGCCAACGAGGAAUCAUCGUGGUGCUGAUUGGGCCGUGAAACACAUCCUGACACGUUGCCACUUUAUUUAGCCCCUCCCUUCAGCCCGCUCACCUGGACCAACAGAAACUGUGACGGCCCGUCUUCGGCUCUUCUUCUUCUCUGGUUUGCUCCUGCGAGGGCCUUCCGGCGGUGUCUUGUGGAACUCUUUCACGGCAUGUUCUGGCAUGUUUUUCUUCGUUUCCCUUCGAAUGGGCAGAUUUGGGACGGGUGUACAUCUCUAAGACUUAACACAAACGCUUACACUGGAAUAAUUGUGAUGUAUUGUUUUGCCUUUUUUUUUUUUUUUGUAUUGAUAUUUUUACUGACGCGUUUUGUUGUGUUUGUCGUCGUCUCACUUAUGAUUCUCAUUUAGUGGCGCAGGGAGACGUUGUUGAACUUCUUACUGGGAUUUAGCUUAGCAGACAACCUGUGAACGGUCCUGAGCAGUUCUCGAGCACUCUUGGGGAGUUUUGACGAUUGCUCCUUAAAAGACACACUAAACGGCCGAGGGGUGGGGGGGAUCAGGUGCCAAAGUGUUUGGAUUGAACGGUUAGACCAAAAACCCCUCGGUCUUGUCUAAUGACAGGACAGGACUUGGAUCACAAUGUUUUAAUGAAACCUCAAUUGUCUCUUAAUGUUAGAUUAUUUUUUUGUGUUCAACGUUUUUUAUUUUCUUUUACAAUUUGCCUCAUUUUACUGCUCCAGUGGAAUCAUCUCACAAUUAGCCAUUGUCGAAUGUUGCAUUUCAGAUAUCCAGAAUGUUUUUUUUUUUGCUUCAUAAAUCACUGCCGUCGAUCGGAACCCCCCCAUAUCCAAAUUUUGUCACAAAUUUAUACAAUUGAUCAGUCCAUAUGUAGAUCUCUUAUUUUUGCAAAUCUAAUGUGUUUAAAAUGGCUUAACAAACAAUAGUUAAUUUGUAAUUUCUUUCAAAUUAUUUGAGCUUCCAGGUGAGCACGAUGAAGCCCCAUCUUGAAUUCUUCCUAAUUCUGCGUUGAUGCGGUCUGCUGAUUCAGCUUCAGCUCACCACAUUAAAAACUGUCUUUGAAUAGUCAAUGUAAUCGUAAACAAAGAUAGUUGACCUCGCACAGGUCACUGAGUUGGUUGAACCUUGGCCAAAGUGCAUCAUCGAACAAGCCUGCGAGUUUCUUCUUUUCUUUUUUGUUUUUCCCCAUUUGAGCUUGCCAAGUCCCAUCCAGCACUUGAGAUGAAGCAACGGACCACUUUCAGCACUUCAAAUUGUUUGAAAUUGCUCGUUUUGUUUGCUGACGCCUAUCUGUCGAACGCCUCCGUCGGCAAGAGCCGAUUGUUCGCGGUGCCCUAAGAAGACUUGCAAUGUAUCAUUGCUUGAUAUCGAAUGACUUUGCACAUUAUCAUCUCCCGUUUUGACUGGCUGGGAUGUGGUUCUGGCUGCCGCAACAACAGGAAAACUUCCAUCGACAAAGCUUCCCCCCUGAAUCGAGCCUAGAGCCAUAUAUAGAUGAAAAUAUAUAUUUUCAUGCUACUAUAUUUUAUAUUAAGCUACAUGUUUGGGUUGUGUCUGUGAGGUAUUUAUGUUCAUUUGGUGGCUCAAGUGUGUUUUGGGCUAAGAGUUAUUCGCCAAGCGUCUGACUCGGUUUGGCCUAGUAAGUGUGCCGACGCGGUGGCAGGAAAGCGAUGUAUCAAACGUGUGGCUCGUGCUGUUACAAUAUUUGUCCCAAACUCCAAUUGGGAUGAAGUCGCAUUAAGUAUCAUGUGAGGCCCUCGGCUCAAGGUCACAGUUCCAAGUGCAUUAGGCGGCCAUAUGUACAGUGUGGUGGAAUAGUUUUGAAAAAUGUGUCAAGCAUGCUGGGCCCAGCACUACAAGUCAUCUCAAAUUUGGGAGGGGGGGGGGUCCAAAAAUGCACAUGGCACCUCUCAGCCCCUAGCUUAGUGGACACCAAGUAGGUUCUCUUGUGUGAAUGUUUUUUUUCCCAUAAUGCCCAGCACACUUUUAUUUCUCCAUCUGCACCCCCCCUCAAGUCCUCAGCUGGACCAAGCAAGCCUUCCAUCAAGCCAGUGAUUUCUUUUUGUUUGUUUGUUUGUGUUCGUUUGUCCCCCUUUUCGAGCCCACCCUGAUCCUUACACCACUGGCGGCGCUCUGUCGUGUUGCGUUGCUGUCCUUGUGCAUCACCUCACGGGCCUACAUUUUGGGAGAAGGGUAACUGGAGCCUCGUCUUUUAAAAGAAAACACUCAAAAAUUGUAUAAACUUAGAGAAAGAGAACAAUGACUUAAAAAGGUCAGUCAUAAUGGAAACUCAUAAGCUGUACAUUUGUAAUAAAAAAUAAAACAAGGUAAUUGUCGAC